UUUCCUCAAGUAAGUCUGGGUUGUUGUUUUCUUCCCCCUAGAUGUUCUGUUCCUGUUGGGCAAGUGGAUGUGCAUAUACAAAACUCGUCAGUGUCACAAUUUGGAAAGCUAGUGGUUCAAAGUUCCAUCAGUGAUAGUGCCUUCAAGCACAAUGGCACAGUCGAAUGUAGGGCUCACAAUGAUGUGGGCGAGAGUUCCGCCUUUUUUAACUUUGCAUUUAAAGGUAACAACAAAGAACAACUCCAGCCCCACACCCUGUUCACACCUUUGCUGAUUGGUUUUGUGAUUGCAGCUGGUAUGAUGUGCAUCAUAGUGAUGAUUCUUACCUACAAAUAUUUACAGAAACCCAUGUAUGAAGUACAGUGGAAGGUUGUUGAGGAGAUAAAUGGAAACAACUAUGUUUACAUAGACCCAAUGCAGCUUCCUUAUGAUCACAAAUGGGAGUUUCCCAGAAACAGACUGAGUUUUGGGAAAACCUUGGGUGCUGGCGCCUUUGGAAAAGUUGUUGAAGCCACUGCUUAUGGCCUCAUAAAGUCAGAUGCUGCCAUGACUGUCGCCGUGAAGAUGCUCAAGCCAAGUGCCCAUUUAACGGAACGGGAAGCCCUCAUGUCUGAACUCAAAGUCUUGAGUUACCUUGGGAACCAUAUGAAUAUCGUGAAUCUUCUGGGCGCAUGCACCGUCGGAGGGCCCACCCUGGUCAUUACAGAAUAUUGUUGCUAUGGUGAUCUUUUGAAUUUUUUGAGAAGAAAACGUGAUUCAUUUAUUUGCUCAAAGCAGGAAGAUCACACAGAAGCAGCACUUUAUAAGAACCUUCUGCAUUCAAAGGAGUCUUCGUGCAGUGACAGUACUAAUGAAUACAUGGACAUGAAACCCGGAGUUUCUUAUGUUGUACCAACCAAGGCAGACCAAAGAAGAUCUGCAAGAGUAGGCUCAUAUGUAGAAAGAGAUGUGACUCCUGCCAUCAUGGAAGAUGAUGAGUUGGCCCUGGACCUGGAAGACUUGCUGAGUUUUUCUUACCAGGUGGCAAAAGGCAUGGCAUUCCUCGCCUCAAAGAAUUGUAUUCACAGAGACUUGGCUGCCAGAAACAUCCUCCUUACUCAUGGGCGAAUCACAAAAAUUUGUGAUUUUGGUCUAGCCAGAGACAUCAAGAAUGAUUCUAAUUACGUGGUCAAAGGAAAUGCUCGGCUACCUGUGAAGUGGAUGGCACCAGAAAGCAUUUUUAACUGUGUGUACACAUUUGAAAGUGAUGUCUGGUCCUACGGGAUUUUUCUGUGGGAGCUGUUCUCUUUAGGAAGCAGCCCCUACCCUGGAAUGCCAGUCGAUUCUAAGUUCUAUAAGAUGAUCAAGGAAGGUUUCCGGAUGCUGAGCCCUGAGCAUGCACCUGCUGAAAUGUAUGACAUAAUGAAGACUUGCUGGGAUGCUGAUCCCCUAAAGAGGCCAACAUUCAAGCAGAUCGUUCAGCUCAUUGAGAAGCAGAUUUCAGACAGCACUAACCAUGCUUACUCCAACUUACUGAACUGCAGCCCCAAGCCAGAGCACCCCGUGGUGGACCACUCCGUGCGGAUCAAUUCUGUGGGCAGCAGCGCAUCUUCCACCCAGCCUCUGCUCGUGCACGAAGAUGUCUGAAGUGGAGCGAGUGUCUGGGGGGUCUCCCAUCAAGAAUGAUCCCCACUCUUUCAUUUUCUAUGAUGGUUAUUGUUUUCCUUCGACUUGCAUCCUACUCCAGGGUAGUGGACGCCCCCUGUAAUCCUGUCCUAUGAGCACACUAUAGUGAGCAAUGACUUUUGUCAUCUGGCGCCACCCCAUUGCAAAGGUCCGAAAUGCAUAUAUUCCCAAUAGUAAAGGGGGCUACCUUUAAUGAAAAAACCUAACUUGGAGAAGCAGGGGCUAGACACUCUGAAUCCUUUCCAAGUCUUCUCCAGUUUCUGCUCAAAGAGUGUGGUUGAUAGUUUGAAUACAUGACAGUAGUCACCUUCGGCUUUAGCAAACAUCCAUGAGGUAGAAAAUAGAACAUUGUUAGAACAAUGGACAGAAGUCUAUGACUAUCUGGGCUUCAGAAAUUUAGUAUUUCAUGCUGGGAACAAGACAUAGGUCAUGAGAAAUUGCUCCUCCAGCAUGAAGACUUGCUGCUAUGCAUGAGCCUUUGUACUACUAACCUGGUUUCUCAUUAAUUUGCUGUUAGGGAGCUGAAUUGGAGAGAAGGUCCCCCCAGGGAGCAUUUGUAUAUACUCAUCUAUACAUUGUAUGUGUUCAUGUAUUUGAGGGGGGCGAUCUCACAAGGAGUGGUUUCUGGAUACUACCGUGGCUUAAGUCUGCUGUGUGUAGAAAUAGAUAAGAGCCAGAUAAGUUUGAAGGAAACAGUUAAUUUUUUUUUUUAAAAGAAAAAACCUCCAAGCACAAUAUCUCCUUUUGUAGCCAAUGAACUCGCUCUGUAGAUUAUCCAGAACAAGCCUACCAGCUUCCAAUGGCAUUGUGCUCCAUGGGUUUGAUGCCAUUUGAAAAGUUACUGAUUUACUGCAUGACUCCAGCAGGAGUGAGAAACGUGCUGUCUUAGUUGGAAUUCUUCUGUAGCAGGAAAUAAGAUUUAGAUUCAGCCUCCUCUGCAGGCGUGUCCUGGACACCGGGCCAGUAUCUAUGUAGGUGUGUAUGUGUGCACGUGUGUGUAUGCUUGUAGACAAAGGUUUGGGGGGUUAUUCUUGCCCUAAGCCCAAGAAAUCCUUUAGUACCCAAGAAGCUUGGCUUUCAUCACCAGUACUGCUCUUGUUUCUCUUUACCUAGCUGUCUAGAGAAGCAAACCAAAAGCUUACAUAGAGGCAUGUGAGAGGCAAAGUGCAUAAGUACCUAUUUAUUUGCAAUCCGCCUGCACCUACAGCGCUCAGUUAUUUAUACUCAACAUACUGUACCAGUUCCUUAGGCUUUAUUAAUGCUACUCUCCCAUGGAAAGUUAUUUAAAUUUUACCCUUUAGGCUGUAGCCUGGAUAUUAUUCUUGGAGUUUACUAUUUUUCUUUUUCCUUUUUUUUUUUCUUGUCCUCAUCACUGCCCAAUAAUAAGGGGACCAUGUGUACAUGGCAGAGUUGGUAUGUUGUCUUGCAAGAUUCAGGUAUGUCGCCUUCACGGUUUUCCCCUCCAAGGUCCCUUAGACUGCAUUUAGAGAACUGUGGCCAUUCAUCCGAAAGUAACCAUUUGCACUGGAGUUCUAUGCUCUCGCACCUUCCAAAGGUAACAGGUUUUGGUGUUUCGUUGUCACAUAAGAGAUUGUCAUUGUUUGCCAUACUUCGAAAACUUCCUUUGCUUUUCUAUUUGAUUAGAGUAAAAAAAAAAAAGUGGUUGUUACUUGUAGAUGUCUAGGUACUUCAGGGGCACUUCUAGAGUUUUGUCUUGGAUAUUCUUGAAAGUUUAUAUUUUUAUAAUUUUUUUUACAUCAGGUGUUCCUUUGCUGUGGCUUAAUGUUUGAAAUUAUUUUGUGGCUUUUUUUUUGUAAAUAUUGAAAUGUAGCAAUAAUGUCUUUUGAAUAUUCCCAAGCCCACGAGUCCUUGAAAAUAUUUUUUAUAUAUACAGUAACUUUAUGUGUAAAUAUGUAAGCUGUGCAAGUUUAAAGGAUGUUUGUGUUCCAUGUGUGUUUUUUUUUUUUCCCUGAUAUGUUGCUCAAUUGUUGACAGUUCUGAAGAAUUCUAAUAAAAAU